AUGUUCAAACACCCCUCGCGCACAAAUAUUGCAUCAGAGUCAGAGUCACGGCAACCUCUCCUCGAACAAUCCACCUCAAAUGGCCACACCCACACACUAUUCAACGCCGGAGACGACUCCGAUGACGACUACGACGAUGGCACGAGUGCGCUCCCAGUCGUAACACCCAAAACAGCGCGGAGCACACACACCGUCGCAUUCAACGACGAGGUCCAGGUCUACGCACCGCCCCUCCGCUCGACAACGUCCAGUCGGGAAACGGAAUUCGAGCAAGACUCGGACGACCUCGAGGAGCAGCAUGCACGCGAGCUCGAUGGGUCUCGCCUGCCAACGCGCCGCGGGAAUGACCAGCGCAUGCCUCUGUUAGUCGGCUUAGUGGAUUCGUCUGCCUCUCGACGGAGCUUGGAUGCGUCGAUACCGAUGCAUGGCGCGAAUGGGAACACUGUCAUCAUUGGCGAAGACACGUUGGACUUGGAUGAGAUUGCUGCGAAGAGGACGGCUGGAGGAGGCUUGUUUGAUUCGAUCGCGAAUAUGGCAAAUUCCAUUCUUGGUGCAGGCAUUAUCGGUCUGCCAUAUGCCCUCCGUCAGGCUGGAUUCUUCGCGGGGCUUGUUCUUCUCACCGUAUUAUGCGCUGUAACCGACUGGACGAUUCGUCUCAUCGUCAUAAACGGUAAACUAAGUGGUGGUCGUUCGUACAUCGAUAUCAUGGACCAUUGUUUCGGCCCAAGUGGGCGAGCAGCCGUUUCAUUUUUCCAAUUUUCAUUCGCAUUUGGAGGCAUGUGUGCCUUUGGAAUUAUCAUCGGUGAUACCCUACCUCAAGUUCUUCGCUCCGUCUUCCCCACACUACCCACAACACCCAUCCUAAAAAUCUUCGCCAAUCGGCAGUUCAUUAUCGCCCUCUGCACCACCUGUGUUUCCUACCCCCUUUCGCUAUAUCGAGACAUCCACAAAUUAUCUCGAGCAUCCGGUCUAGCUCUCAUUGGAAUGUUUAUCAUCGUGGGCUCGGUACUCAUUGAAGGCCCGCAUGUUCCCCCGGAGCUGAAAGGCGCUCAAGAAGGAAAGUUCUCAAUAAUCGAGCCGGCAAUAUUCCAAGCUAUCGGUGUUAUCAGCUUUGCUUUUGUCUGCCACCAUAAUUCACUUCUAAUCUACGGAAGCCUACGAACGCCAACGCUAGAUCGAUUCGCAAAAGUCACGCACGUGUCGACCUUUCUCUCGCUGGUUGCAUGUAUGACGCUCGCUCUCUCGUCCUACGUCGUCUUCACGGACAAGACGCAGGGCAACAUCCUCAAUAACUUCCCACAAAACGACACCCUCAUCAACGUCGCGCGGUUUUCCUUCGGCCUGAACAUGUUCACGACGCUUCCAUUGGAACUGUUCGUCUGCAGAGAAGUCAUCGAGCAAUACUUCUUCUCACAUGAAGUGUUUAGCCCACAAAGGCACUUAUUCUUUACGACAACCAUCUUGUUUGCGUCCAUGUUUGUGGCACUCAUAACCUGUGACCUUGGGGUAAUGCUCGAGAUAACAGGCGGUGUAUCAGCGACGACACUGGCGUUCAUUUUCCCUGCUGCGUGCUAUAUCAAGCUGGUCGACAAGAAGCUGCGGUGGUACAGCAUCACGAAAUUGCCCGCGGUAAUGUGCGUUGCUUUCGGCGUGAUUGUGAUGGUUAUUUCUCUAUACCUCGCUUUGGCCAAGUCCUGGACAUCGGAGGGAGCUGCCAAAAUCUGCAUUUGA